UUACAAGCAGAAAGCGGCGUGCAUGCAUAGCGUCGCAGAGACGUAGAUGGGUGGCGCAUUGACUCCUACAGACGGAACAGAACUUACGGAAGUGUCUGAGAACCGAAUGUCAACAAAAGAGAAGGAGAAAAGAUAAACACUUCCAACAAGACGCUUUGGUGACGAUGGCGCCUGUAAUUGUGGCGAGCUGAUGGAUCUACCGACCAUAUUUUUUCCAUAAAUUGUAUUUUAAUUUGUGUUUUAUGAGACAACGACAGUCAUUGGCUUGUUAGAAUGUCUGUUUCCCACAGCCUUUGCGUUUUAGGUGUUUUGCUUUUAUCAGUUCCUUGCACUUUGGAGCUGGCCUUCGGUGCCCUUUCAGGUCAUUGUGAUCAUUCGCCCAAAACACUACAGUCCAGACAAGGAGAGAUUCGUAACUCUGCCCACCAUGCCUGGUCUUCCCGUCCACUCAACUGCAGUUGGUUGAUAACCUCAAAAGUUGGGGAGCGUGUCAUCAUUAGUUUUUCCCAGUUUGAAAUGAGAUGCGGGCAGGAAUGGGUGUCCGUGGUUCCUCUCACUGGCUCUCCAUCCAAAUUCUGCGGUUCCCAGCUUCCAGCACCAUUUGAGAUGUCAGGGGGAAACAUUACAGUGACACACCACUUCUUCCCUCAUAUCUACCCAGUAACAGGGUUCCAUCUUUCAUAUAUUAAAGACUCAGGUCCCUGUUUUCCAGGCGAAUUUGAAUGUUACAGUGAACGUUGUCUCCCUGCAUCGUGGCGCUGUAACGGACGGGUCGAAUGCCUUGGUGUGGGUGAUGAGCUUGGCUCUGAUGAGGAUGGAUGUAACGACGUUAGCCCUGAACCACCCAUAGAUGAUGUAUGCGGGGGAUACUUGAAUGCGUUUUAUGGUUCGUUUACUCCCCCUGUACAAACAGGACAUCCGGUGGAGUGUGUGUGGACGGUUGACCCCCAGGAUUCACGACCACUCAAAUUAGAGCUUCAGCAACUGGAGCUGGGUCCUCGAGACAUGAUCACAAUCACAGACCAGCCCCGCGGCACAGGCAACAUCAUUAAAACAAUCAACGCUGUGUCCAAUAACAAAGCAGUGGAGAUAGAGUCCCACACCGGCUUGCUUUCGCUGAUUUACCAUAUGGAGCCUUCAAUGGAAGGGCGGGGCUUUAAUGCGACCUAUCGCAUUGCGGAUUACUGCCUUCCAUGGGAGGAGCUUUGUGGAGGAUCAAUGGGAGGCUGUUACACCGCAAAACAGCGUUGCGACGGACACUGGGACUGUCCUGAAACAGGCGUGGAUGAGGAAGCAUGCUGGGGCUGCCCAGCUGGGCACUUCCUCUGUGGGAUGGGAGGAAGUCACCAGACAGGACGAACAGUCUGUUUCUCGAUUCAUGAUCGUUGCAACUACCAGCUUAAUUGUGCAGAUGGGACUGAUGAAAGAGAAUGUACCAUCUGUCAGCCUGGGACAUUUCACUGCGACAGUGACAGGUGUGUGUUUGAGAGCUGGCGCUGUGAUGGACAGGUGGACUGUAAGGACGGCACAGAUGAGCUUAACUGCACUGUGACCCUGCCCCGAAAAGUCAUAACCGCAGCUACCGUUGGAAGCCUAGUUUGUGGACUUCUGCUAGUCAUUGCAAUGGGCUGCACCUGCAAGCUGUACUCCCUACGCACUCGAGAGUACAGCAUGUUCGCACCAAUCACUCGGCAAGAGGCUGAACUGAUCCAGCAGCAGGCCCCGCCCUCAUACGGUCAGCUGAUUGCUCAGGGAAUCAUUCCACCAGUGGAAGACUUCCCUACUGAGAACCCCAAUGAGUCUGCCUCACUUUCCCUGAGAGGAAUACUACAGCUCCUCAGGCAAGACAAUGCUUCUACUCUACGGCGAAGACGCAGGCCUCGGUUUAUCCGCAGAGCUGUGCGGCGCCUACGAAGAUGGGGCUUAAUUCCUCGACCUGCCCCUCGGACGACACAGACCACCGCCUCUUCCUCCCAACAGACAGAAGCUGCUAAUUCUAGCGCUGAGCCCAGUCAGUCGAGUCCUGGAGUCUCCUCAGUGGCUACAGGGGCAUCCAGUCAGUCCUUGCCUCAAAAACUUGCUUUAUCCCAACAGACAGGAACACAGCAGCAAGCAGAGGCUCCUCCUCCUUCUCCCCCACCUCCUUUCCCUGUCCAGCCAAUCGAAGUCACUGAAACACAACAAACCCCACCCGUCACUGCCCCUCCAAGCAGCCCUUCCCUGGCAUCUCUCUUCCACAGUCUGGGGUGGAGCAUUUCCCGUUUCAGACACUCCCCAUCUCCUACUUCUCUUCCUCUCUCUGCAUCCCCCUCUUUUUCCUCUUCUUCCUCUGAAGAUGAGGUGCUGCUGAUUCCUCUCUCCGAUGACACAACCUCUGAAGAUGAUGUGCCCAUGCUAACAUGAGUGAUUCGUUCUUUCUUGUCCUUUUUGGUUCUGUCUCUUCAUCUUGUUCUUUCUCUCCUGCCUUCCUCUUUUCAGCACGUGAGCGUCACCAUGUUUGCUUUUUGUGCUGGCUUGGUGCCUUAACUUGUAUUAGAGCAUCUGUUUUCCUGAUCUAAGAGAAAAAGUAUUGCGUUAAUGUUUGUCAGAAAUAUUUGACAAGUGACUGUGUGCGGACAGGUGUGGUGGUUGUGCACUUAUCUAAAGUGUUGAUAGACGAACAUUUGCACAAAGAGUCUCCCCCAGCUGGCUUACGAAAUGUUCCUCUGUGUGAUCCAGUGCCGCGAUGUUGGUUAAAAAGAUUUAUUUUAGUUAGAAUAGCUUCUUUUUUUUAAUCUGCAGACAUGAUUGUGUGAUGUGCAUACAUGUGAGUUUACCUCAUAGUGCUACAGGCCACAUAUUUUAUUGUGUGUGUUCCUCAGAAGUGCCUUUGAUUGAGCUUCCUGUACAUCACUAGACAGUAUGUGACUGCGUAUGUGCUUGCACGUAGGGCCAAAUACACUUGCACAAAAGUUUACACAUAGAUGUAGAACUCACCCUCGCUAUGUAUAUGGUAGUGCAUGGCAACUGUGGCAAUAACUUAAUAAUAAAGAUUUGUGUGUUGUGAGUGAGCGAGCCAGUGAGUGUGUGUGUGUGUGUGUAUGUGUGUAUGUGUUUAUGAGAGAGUGAACUAGCUGACAGUGGCAAGCCACUCAGUUUAGACAAUCCUUCUUGGAGGUUUCACUCGCACCUCCAUAUGCACCACCAACCUGAAUGACAUCACUAUAUCACAAUAACUUGAAUAUGUCUUACAAAAUGAAAAAUUUAGAUUUCAUACUUUUCUGGCUCAGUGGACAAUAAACGGGCAACCAGUCGUAGUGCCAUAUCUAUAGUAACUUUGUUUCAACUGCUGGUAUGAUCUGUCAUUUCACUCCUUUUACCCUGUAGAUGUUGUUUUUAAUCUAUGUAUUUUUCAGUGCCGAAAUGUUGAACUUUCAUCUGCUGAAUGGUGAUUGCAUUAGAAAGACAUAGGUGGGAAUUAUCUUAAUUGAUGAUGGUAAAAUGAAUUUCACUGUAUAUAUUUGCUAAACUAGCUGGAAAAUCCACAAAGAUUAAAUUGAUUUGCACUUUUA